GGGUGCGGAGCAGCGGGCCGGCGGCAGCGGCAGUGGCUCACCUGUGCCAGGUGCCGGCGGACCAGCGGGCGGACCUGCGGGCACCGCACGGGCCGGCGCUGCGGGAAGAUGCUGCGCGAGCGGACGGUGCGGCUGCAGUACGGGAGCCGCGUGGAGGCCGUGUACGUGCUGGGCACGUUCCUCUGGACCGACGUGUACAGCGCCGCCCCCGCGGGGGCCCAGACCUUCAGCCUGAAGCGCUCGGAGCACGUGCGGGUGGAGGUGGUGUGUGACGGGCAGGCCGAGGAGGUGGCCACCAACGGCAAGCAGCGCUGGCCUCUCUCGCCCAGCACCACGCUCCGGCUCAGCAUGAGCCAGGCCAGCACCGAGGCCAGCAGCGACAAGAUCACGGUCAGCUACUAUGAGCCGGAGGGAAACAGCCCCAUCGACCAGGCCGGGCUCUUCCUCACAGCCAUCGAGCUCUCCCUGGAUGUGGACGCAGACCGGGACGGCGUGGUCGAGAAGAACAACCCAAAAAAGGCGUCCUGGACCUGGGGCCCCGAGGGCCAGGGAGCCAUCCUGCUGGUGAACUGUGACCGGGAGAUACCCUGGCUGUCCAAGGAGGACUGCAAGGACGACAAGGUCUACAGCAAGAACGACCUCAAGGACAUGUCCCAGAUGAUCCUGCGGACCAAAGGCCCCGACCGCCUCCCCGCGGGAUACGAGAUCGUCCUCUACAUCUCCAUGGCGGACGCGGACCGAGUGGGCGUGUUCUACGUGGAGAACCCGUUCUUUGGCCAGCGUUACAUCCACAUCCUGGGCCGGCAGAAGCUCUACCACGUGGUCAAGUACACGGGCGGCUCGGCGGAGCUGCUGUUCUUCGUGGAAGGCCUAUGCUUCCCCGACGCGGGCUUCCCGGGCCUGGUCUCCAUCCACGUCAGCCUGCUGGAGUGCGUGAGCGAGGAGAUUCCGCUGACACCCAUCUUCACGGACACCGUGGUGUUCCGGAUUGCUCCGUGGAUCAUGACCCCCAACAUCCUGCCUCCCGUGUCCGUGUAUGUGUGCUGCAUGAAGGACAAUUACCUGUUCCUGAAAGAGGUAAAGAAUCUGGUCGAGAAGACCAACUGCGAGCUGAAGGUCUGCUUCCAGUACAUAAACUGCGGAGACCGCUGGAUCCAGGAUGAAAUCGAGUUUGGCUACAUCGAGGCCCCCCACAAAGGCUUCCCCGUGGUGCUGGACUCCCCCCGAGAUGGAAACCUGAAGGAGUUCCCAGUGAAGCAGCUCCUGGGCCCGGAUUUCGGCUAUGUGUCCCGGGAGUCCCUCUUUGAGCCUGUCACCAGCCUCGAUUCCUUUGGGAACCUGGAGGUCAGUCCCCCAGUGACCGUGAACGGCAAGACCUACCCCCUGGGCCGGAUCCUCAUCGGGAGCAGCUUUCCUCUGUCCGGCGGUCGGAGGAUGACCAAGGUCGUGAGGGAAUUCCUGCAGGCCCAGCAGGUGCAGGCGCCCGUGGAGCUGUACUCAGACUGGCUGACCGUGGGCCACGUGGACGAGUUCAUGACCUUCGUCCCCAUCCCGGGCACAAAGCAAUUUCGGAUGCUCAUGGCCAGCACCUCGGCCUGCUACAAGCUCUUCCGCGAGAAGCAGAAGGAAGGCCACGGCGAGGCCGUCAUGUUUAAAGGCUUGGGCGGCAUGAGCAGCAAGAGAAUCACCAUCAACAAGAUUCUGUCCAAUGAGAGCCUGGUGCAGGAGAACCAGUACUUCCAGCGCUGCCUGGACUGGAACCGGGACAUCCUCAAGAAGGAGCUGGGGCUGACGGAGCAGGACAUCAUCGACCUGCCUGCUCUGUUCAAGAUGGACGAGGACCGCCAGGCCAUAGCCUACUUCCCGAACAUGGUGAACAUGAUUGUGCUGGACAAGGACCUGGGCAUCCCCAAGCCAUUCGGGCCCCAGAUCGAGGAGGUGUGCUGCCUGGAGACGCACGUGCGCUCGCUGCUGGAGCCCCUGGGCCUCUGCUGCACCUUCGUGGACGACAUCUCCGCCUACCACAAGUUCCUGGGCGAGAUCCACUGCGGCACCAACGUCCGCAGGAAGCCCUUCGCCUUCAAGUGGUGGCACAUGGUGCCCUGACCUGAGCGGGCGCCGCGUGCCGGUCUCAGCCCGCCGGGAAGCUGUUGCGGCCAGGCCGGCCCUGUGGUUCUCGUGAGGGCCAGACGCCCCUCAGCCAUGAGCAUUAAGAAACUUUGAGGAAACAAAACAAAACAAGAAAGUUUGUUAUUUACAGGACCUAGAAAUCGCACAGCACACCUGGGGCCACACAGCAGGUCGUGGGGUUCUGCUUUUAUUGGGGUCGAGGAUGGGGGCUCAGGGUUUCCCCAGGCUCGCUCUCCAUUGGCACAUUUAGAACAUAAGAGUAGGCUGUUAAAGCCCGGAAGACGAAAAGCCAGCUGCCCAGAUGGUCAGUUAUCAAAGUCAACCAAGAUCUCAAAGAGAAAGGAGCCCGGGGCAGUGGCCAGGUGGGGCAGCAGAGAGAUGAUGCUCAAGAGCCGUCAUCCAAGCAGCUGCCUCGGCCAUCAGCUUUGGCCAGGCUCCUGCAUGGCAACCCAGAGAGAUCCCCCAGUCUGGGCCACACUACCAGGGCUCAGCAGGUCCCUCCCCUCCCCAGUUCUCCCCCAGACUCCCCCUGCCCGACCAGACCCACUGGGAGGCCUGCAGGAACCGGGGAGGGAUUUGGGAUGUCGGUGCCUUGCCCUCCCUCAGAAGGCCCUCAGCGUCCACUGACGUCACCCCCAGGGACCCUCCACUCUGCCCUUUCAGGAGCGGUACAGCCCUGACAUGAAACAGCAAAGCCGUAGCUACCCAGACCCUGCCCCAGAGAAGCCUUGGUCUCUUCUGCAGGUGAAGGGAGGAAGUUCAGGGCAUGCCAGUUCUCCUGGUGGCCAUGCCCCAAAGUCAAGGUCGAUCGAGUGGAAAGGGACCUGGGACCCCGACAUACCUUAAGCUGCCAUCAUCAUUUCAAAUUCACCUGCCUCUGGUUUCCAGGUGGCCACCCAAGUAUUCAUUCCUUACCAGCCUCUCCCACACCCCCGUGUCUCUCUCCCCGCGGAGUAGACACGCUUGGCCACCCCGUUCCCCGAGGGUCCAAAAUGCCGUUAGAGCCUUCCCUGGAGCAGAUUCUAUCAGAGCAGCCUUCUCCAUCCCAGAGGCUCCUGCCUCACCUUUCUCCCGGACACAGGCUCUCCCGGGUGCUGGGGGCUUCCUGGUGGCCGAGAGUUCAGUGUGUCCAAGGCCCUGGGCCGGCCACCCCAUCUCCUCCUGCCUGGUUCUCAAUUCUAAGGCCAGUCCCUGGCCUCCCUCCUCUCACAGGUGCCUCUGCUUCUCAUUCAGGCCUUGCCCCGGGCUAUAAUCAAACAUCGGACCCUCCUCCCCAGUCAUCAGACCCAACACCUAGGGACCCUGGCCCAGCCUCCGGCCAGAAGGGCCAGUUCUGGACCCGCUGCUGGCCUUGGGGACGAUAGAUUCUCCAUGGACGUUCACCCGAGCGUGUGCUGCAGACCCUCUCGUGUGCACAUAACCAGGUCAGUUCUCUGGCUCCCCCUGACAAGACUCAGCUGCAACUAAAAACAAAAUAAAAAUUAAAGAAAGUUCCUUCAGCGCCAGCUGAUGUCAGGAGAAUACAUGAAUUAUAUUAUAGUUCCACAUGGAGGGUUAAAACGAACCAAUUUAUAACCGAUGGAAAGAUGAUAAAUGUGUAUGCUUGGGAGACAAGGAUUUUCUUCCUGCUUAUUUCCUUCAGUCAUCCAAUAAACAUGCGUUGUGGGCCUACUAAGUGCCAGGCACAGUGCUGGGUCCUGAGGCUCACAGGGGUCAGUAGCAAACUGAAAGUGGCCCCUUCCUCAUGGAGCCAGCAGUUCCCAACAUGGCACGCCCACCUUUCAAAAGCCAGCAUGUGCCCCUUCAGUGACGCACUCCUUAGAAAUGGCGGGCUGCUGUAUGCAGAAAAUUCACCGGGCACACAGCUGCCUCCAAGCCACUGUCUCGGAGAAAUAAAAGGCAUGGGGCGAGGGGAGGCGGGGAGAGUGAUCUUCAUGACACAGACCUCCUUCCUGUUCAGCGGGGCCAGGACCCCCGAAAUAUCAGACCCCAGAGCCUUCAGAAGCAGAGGUGUCCCUGAGGGGACGGUGGCCCCUGUCUUUGGGGGACAAAGCCCCAGAUCUUCUCUCCAAACCCAGAGCUGAAGACACCAAGUGCCUAUGGGAGGGUGUUUUUCUGGAGACUCAGAGUUUGUUGUGUGAGUGUGUGGUGUGUGUGUGUUGGGUUAAUGUGGGUUUUCGGGCUCGCUUUCAUUUUUUUCUAGUCUACCUUAAGGGGAAGUGAGUGCUUCCCAUGUAGAGACAGUGUGUGUGUGUGUAGGUUUUUCUAAAGCUCUCCCCCAUUGAUAAGUCAGCAAGUCCUAAUGAUUCUGGAACCCUCAGGACUCAGGCACCCGUUCCCAUCUUGCUUGCCCACCUGUGUGACUACCCUGGGUGUGGACACUCCCUCUCUCCCCCACCUCCCUGGACUCAUUGCUCUUUCCCACCCCCACUUCCUAUAAAUUGUAGGCCUAGAAUACACUUCUGUGUUGCAAAACUCAGCAGAGUUCCUGUUUCCAUCCUUAUUUUGAAAUACAUUACGUAAGAGGGCAGGGGCGUUGUCAAGAUGACACAGCUUCAGCUUUCUGGUCAAGAGGCCAUGAUCGAGAUCAAAAGAUGUGUGUGUGGAGAGCCUGAUUAAACAGCAAAAAAAUAAACGGCAGAGGGGAAGUCA